UCUCAACCAACACACCACAUUUACACACUCAAAAACAACUGCAAUCAUGUCUUUCGGUCGAACUGUCACUCUCAACUCGGGCUGGAAGAUCCCCCAGAUCGGCUACGGCACAUGGCAAGCUGCUCCCGGUGAGGUCGGCAAUGGUGUCUACGAGGCCCUUAAGGCUGGCUACCGUCACCUCGAUCUUGCCAAGAUCUACCAGAACCAGCGUGAGGUUGGUGAGGGUAUCAAGAAGGCCCUCAGCGAGGUCCCUGGCCUUAAGCGUGAGGACAUCUUCAUCACCGGAAAGCUUUGGAACAACAAGCACCGCCCUGAGGAGGUUGCUGGUGCUCUUGACGACACCCUCGAGGAGCUUGGUCUUGAGUACAUCGACCUCUGGUUGAUCCACUGGCCUGUUGCUUUCAAGAACGGAAACCAGCUUUUCCCACUGAAGGAGGGCGAUGACGGCAAGACUGCUCUUGACCAGGAGGUGACCCUCUCCCAGACCUGGGAGGCCGUCACCAAGCUGCCCAAGGAGAAGGUUCGCUCCAUUGGUGUCUCUAACUUCAACAAGGAGAUGCUUGAGCAAAUCAUCAAGGACACUGGCGUCACCCCCGCCAUGAACCAGAUCGAGCGCCACCCCCGCCUUCCUCAGCCUGAGCUUGUCAAGUACCUCCAGGAGAAGGGUAUCUUCCUCACUGCCUACUCCGCCUUCGGCAACAACAGCUGGGGCGAGCCUCUCCUCAUUAACACUCCCGAGGUCAAGGCUAUCGCUGAGCGCCUCAGCAAGUCCAAGGGCAAGGAGGUCACUCCUGCCCAGGUCAUCCUUGCCUGGUCCACCCUCGACAACCACGUCGUUAUUCCCAAGUCCGUCACCCCCGCUCGCAUUCGCUCCAACUUUGAGGAGGUUGAGCUCGAUGAGGAGGCUGUCAAGGAGCUUAGCAAGUUCGGAGAGAAGCCUCAGCGCUUCAAUAUUCCUAAGACUUACAAGCCUGACUGGGAUAUCAACGUCUUUGAUGACGAGAAGGAGAAGAGCGCUACCCACCAGGUUGUUCUCAAGCUGUAAAAAGUUUGUUUAUGAUACCAAAUUAUGAGGCAUGACAACAAAAUAGACUAGCGAUAGGCGGAAUAGAUGAAACGCUAUCCUGAAAGAGCAAAAGUACAAGAAAGACUAGGAGGGUACAGAGA